AUGGAUGACUCAAGCCUGUCCAGCAGUGUUGAUGUAGACAAAGGCUUUGCCAUUGCCUUUGUUCUUCUUCUUUUUUUGUUCCUAAUGGUGAUGAUUUUUCGGUGUGCCAAGUUGGUGAAGAAUCCCUAUGAGGCCAGCUCCACAACGACAGAACCAUCUCUGAGCUGAACUAUGAAAAAGCCUGGUA